AUGUCGGGCCGCAAGCCUUCAGCACCUAUCGACGAGCCAGCGCUCGACAAGCUCAGUUCAGAGCUGGCAACAAUUUGGACUUCGGCCACGCGCUUACCGAGCACGCUCGACAACUGCGAGACCAUCGUAGCUAAACGGGAGGCCGCGCAGAUCAUGCACGCACAUUCGGACACGCUCAGCUUCCAGAAGCACGACGCACAGAAACUGAUGAGGCUGGUGUUGAAGAGGGCGAGGGGCUCGCGGGGUACAAACCUGAAUCCAGACUACGAGGAGCAGUGGGCCGAGAAGAUGGCCGAGGUCUUACGAGACAUGCUCAGAAAGGUGAAGCAGUCCCAGCGCCCAGACAGGUCUCAGCCGACAUGGGUAAGCCAGGUCUUCGGCACCGCCCCGCCAAUGGAGGGGGAGACGGAGAUCUUCGAGGAGGACAGCGCGGGCGUGGACGGGGACGAUCCAGAUGAAGAUGAUCCAGGCUGCGGAGGGCUCCAAGAUGACACCGAGUCUGCCGAGCAGCCGCCUGACGGCACCGAGUCUUCCGAGGAGCCGCCCGCCGGUGGCUGGAUGCAGGGCAAGACCACGGCGGCUGCGACUCCAGCGGCUGCGAGCGCCGAGGACUUCGCGCACGACUACGACCCGGAGCACAGGCGAGCGCGGCGCUGCAAGGGGGUGAAGGGCCAGAAGGAGUACGCCGACAUCUACGUGGACGAAGGCUCGACGAAGGCCGACUUCUGCAAGGCGAAGUGGGGCGACAUGGUGCACGCUGUCUCCCACGUCGCGGUCGAGGAGUUCGAGGCCUGGCGCGAGGCGGAGUUCCUGAAGAAGAAGAGGGCCUUGUUCAAGAUGACCAGCGACACGCUCAAGGGCGAGCUCACGCUUGCCAAGAAGCUUGACAAGAUACAUGGCAUCGUCUUCCUCGUGCACCAGCUGAACGAGGGCGAGACGAAGCCGCGGCAAGUGUUCCAGUUCAUCCUUGGCAAGAGCCACUGCAAUUCGGCGCGCGAGAAGGCAGUCGCGAUGCUCACAGACCUCGUGACCAAGUACGCGGAGGGAGCCAUCAAGCACGAGGACAUCGGUUACCACAAGAAAACCAUCAUCAACAAGAUUGGCAUCUGCAAGGAGGACCCGCCGCCGAAGAGCACCCCGAAGAUCACCGACGCCGCCACACCAGUUGCUAAGAAGCGUCCUGCCGCAGCUGCGGGCAGCGACCGCAGCAGCGCCAAGUGCCCCAAGACUGCGAGCGAGCCUGGUGGAGGGGCCGCGCCAGCAGAGAAGGCAGACUUGUCUACGCCAGUGGUGGCGGCGGAGACCAAGGCCAACGGCGGCGACAAGGCGGCCACGUCGCAGAAGGCGGCCGUGUCCAAAUCCAAGAAGGCGGCGAUGCCCAAGGGCUUCGGCUUCGACGAACCUCUGAUGGACACGGACUCUGAGUCUGACUUCUGA